AUUCACUCUCAUCUGCCAGAUGACCAGUAUGGCUCGCAUAACUCACUGUUCCGCUAGUAUUGCUCGGCGUAAAAGCGACCGGAAAGAAGCCGCGAAUUUUCCGACAUGUGCCUAAAGUAUCGAUCUUACAUCAUGGAAACGCAAUCAGUGUGCCAGCUCGAUUGAUGACGAUGGCGGCGUUGGUUCGUCUCAAACGCGGUAGCGUCCAGCUGAGACACGCGGCACUCGAGGUCAGAGCGGCUGUACGAGCGCGACACAUCGUCGCCGCGUUGGUCGCAGUUGGAUUUGCACUUUGCGGUGCGGUCGAAGUCAGUUCCUCCGUCGCAUUACUAGCGAAUCAAAAAGACAAUCAUGCCAUCAUUGAUACGUCUUGGCACUGUGACAUGCUGGUCAAUAUCACCAGCCGCAAUCGCACCGAGGACUUUGAGAUUAUAUUUAUGGAGCUGCCGCAGGAGGAGCGAGCGGAAUCGAACAUGCGCGAGGCGUUUUUAUGGGGACAGGUCGCCGGUCCGAUUCUCGGAGGGUGCUUGGUAUGGGGUCGAUCCGGGCCCUCUAUGGUGUUCUCACGAGCGGUUCUCAGUGCCUGUGUAGCGUCUCUGUUAGUACCCGCUGCCUGGCGCGGACCAUCGCACGUUGCACUUCGUUUAUUUCAAGGAUUAUGCACCGGCGCGACUAUGCCCGCUGCUCACAUGCUGGCUAUGACGUGGUUCAAGAGUAAUCACAGAAGCUGGUACUUCAGUUGUUACGCAGCUGUUAGCGUAGGUUAUUGCCUCACCGGAUGGUUGGGCACCGCGGUGGUGCGAAUGUUUGGCCGCGAUUCUUUGUGUUACGGUCUGGUUCUUCUGGCACUGUGCUGGUAUUUCGCCUUUGGUCGAUUCGUCAAGGAUACACCAAAGUCCUAUCAACACGAUACAAACGCGGCUGUGAUACCAUGGGGGAAGCUACUGAGAUCUGUACCCGUCUGGGCAUCCGCAGUAGCGACUAUGGGCAAUCAAUGGGGCGACGCGACGCUCGCUCUUGGCAUGACGAAAUACUUGAAGCUCAUAUAUGGCUUCUCUACAGCUAACGACUCGGUGCUGACCACGUUACCUCACAUCGGUCAUUUCAUGGCUGCGCUGACCUGCGGUCUUCUGGUGGAUCACGUUCGCGAGUCUAAAAUAGUAUCCACGACCACGGCGAGAAAGUUGGUCGUCUACACAGCGCACUUCAUCCCCGCGGCACUUCUGUUCGUCGCCGGUUACGCCGGAUGUCAGGCCCUGGGCGCCGCCUGGCUGGGAAUAGCGGCCCUUCUCGUUUCCGGUACCGCGCCGGCCGGUGCACUCGCGGCUAUAGCCGAUCUUGCACCUGCGGAAUCGCCGGCGUGUGCCGCGGCCGCGUGCGCUCUCUGCUCCACGUUGGGCGCCGCGGGACUACUGGCUGCCAAUUACUUCGUUACCCAGGCUCUUCAUGGCUCCAUCGCUGGCUCUUGGCGAUUGGUGUUCGGUGUCGCAUCCGUCGUUCUGUUAACGACCGCUGCGGUUUUUCUCGCGCUCGGCAAAGGCGUUCCGCAACCGUGGAUCCCAUCGGUGGCGAGACCGCGGAGUCACGAUGUAAUUUACGAGCAGGACGCCCUCGAGCUCGAUCACGAAGACGUGGGCGUGCAGACCGAGCCUUUCGGGCCCUACGCGUUGGACGAUGACAUCGAGAGUCUGAAGAACGUGCCUCGCUCCGCGUCUAUUCAUUCCAAGAUCUCGGUGACCUCUAAUUGAAUGGCCACCGCCAGCGUACAAAUUCUCCGUGCCAUUUUUUACAUGUCCCUUACGUCAAGGAUAAUCGCCCUAUCGCUUCGUAUGUUUUUUUUAUCACGAUAGAGAAAACUAUACAAUAAUUGUAUACGCGUGAUUAACGCGAUGAAUGUAUAUAAUAUGUUAAAAGUAAGAAUUAUAUAUUUAUAUGAU